AUGACGGAACUUGCUCGUACUCUACCAGCAUCCUGGUACCGCAGUCCUCCAUUGUAUCAACUGGAGCGCAGAGCGGUCUUCUUGAAGUCCUGGUAUCUGCUUGGACCGGUGACUCGAUUCCAAAAUGUCGGAGAACAGGUCGAGUACGAAGUAGCUCAGCAGCCAAUAUUGGCCUCCCGCGUCUCAGGCGAUGCUCUUUUCCCCGAAGCAGAUGAGAUUCGGGUCGUUUGCGCGAAGACCGAAAGGUCCCUACGCUGCCAUGUCACUCCCACGGGUCUUGUAUUUGCGACAUUAUCAGACGAAGCACCGAGCUUCCAGGACUAUUUCCCCGAGCUGGAGCCCCUACUGCAGAAAGUGGACUUCACGCAACGGCCCUACCGACGCAGCAUUAAAUACGAAGGACACUUCAACUGGAAGACGAUGGUCGAUGGCUACCAAGAAUGUCUGCAUUGCCAAUACACGCAUCCAUCAUUUUCCAUCUACUAUCCACCGACAUUCUACACAGUCCACAACCACCAGAACUUCUCGCAGCAUAUUGCGGAUCCCAAGAAACCGGAUGACGGGCUCUUCCUCUAUUUCUUCCCAAAUUGCACUCUGAAUGUAUACGGAGGAGGCAUGUCCUCGUUCCGGGUGUGUCCAACGGAAGAUCCAAAUGUCACCAGAAUGGAGUUCGACUAUUACCACGUAGAAUCUGGGGAUAAGUUUGAGGAAUAUUUCAAAUUUGUCCGACAGGUAGCCAUGGAGGAUUACGAGCUCUGCGAGAGAGCGCAACAUAACCUCGAGAAGGGGGUGUAUAGCGAGGGCAUUUUGAACCCGGAGAAAGAGAACGGCGUUUCCUUCUAUCAAGAUCGGGUCUUCGAGUUAGUGUGCCAGCAGCAUGCCACCGAUAGAUUGCGAGAAGAGUCGUCAGAACUCAAUGAUGAGGGUCAAGUUAGGAGACCGGAGCAUGUCGAAGCUGCUGCAUGA